CGAAUAAUCCAGAGCUACUCCGCCAAAAUUUCUACGUCAUCUCAUCACCUUCCACAGACAAAUUGCGCCAUGGUAUCCCGUGGGGAGCGAUUUCACGUCGACUUGCCUUCCGACAGUGAGGAAGAAGCAGAGACGCAGGCCGGCUCUGCAGUGCCUCCGCCUCUUCCUCUCUCGCUGGGGUUCGUCUCAGACAUUAAAGAGCGAGAACCGGCAGCACCAAAACCACCUGCGCCGCCCAGUCUAACUUCGACGAAGACCGGAUUUCCUGAACACAAGAAACGAACACGAGUAUCUGCAUUCAAGCAACGGCGAGCAGCGGCUCCGAAUGGCGACGCAUCUACAGUUUCCUCGGGCUCCCAAGCGCCGGCAAAAUCCACAGUCCCAGUCGACGACGAGAAUGCAAGCUUUGAAGAGAAUGAUCGACGACGUAUAAAUGAGGAGAACGAUCAACGGCUAGCAGCCAUGUCAGAUGCCGAGAUUGCGCAAGAGCGGGAGGAACUCAUGGCGGGGAUGAAUCCGUCAUUACUAGAAAUGUUUUUGAAAAAGGCGCGCAUCGACGAAUCUCACGAUGGACCUCAAACUCGCCAGGAGGAAGAGCCACCUGAAAAUAAAUCAGACGCACGGCCAAGGUCCUCCAAGAAAGUCACGUUCGAUGAUGAACCCAGCGAGACCGCACAAGACUCCCAAGAUUUCACACCCAUACCAUCAUCAUCAUCAUCAACACCGCCAACAACCGCAGGCCCAGAUCCUGAUUCCAUAACUCCGACCUCUCCUCCUCCAGACCUACACCCCGCCAACGCUCCUCCUCGCCACAAUAGCCAAAAACCCGAUACUCCAUCCUCAUCAUCUCCCAACAGCAACCUCACUGACGCCCUCCCGCCCGGCCCCUCUGUACACUUCCCCCGUCCACCCUCCCCACCAGCACUCGACCCCAACUCUCCCAGCUUUCUCGACGACCUCCACAGCAAAUACUUCCCGUCAUUACCGUCCGACCCGAGCAAGCUGCAAUGGAUGUCCGAGCCCUCCGCGCCCGAGAGCACAUCCUACUCUCCCGACGCCGAGUCCUUUACUCCAUCCGCUCUCCGCUUCGGCUUUACCGGCGCAUUACUCCCGCCCCGCGUAGCGCUCGAAAUCCCCACCACCAAGGGCCUGCAUCACCACGGCAACGCGCCUGCCAGCGCGGGCUACACGAUCCCCGAACUCGCGCAUCUAUCGCGCAGCUCGUUCCCCACGCAGCGCUGCAUUGCGUAUCAGACCCUCGGAAGAAUCCUCUAUCGGCUGGGCAUAGGCGAGUACGGCGACGAAGAGUCGGAUCUGUCGAACGGCCUCUGGCAAUGCAUUGAACAGGGAAGAGUGAUUGACUCGCUGGUUGCCGAGGCGGAUGGGAGGUUCUCCGCGCAUGUCAGUGCCCAGGCGCAUGCGCAGGAAGCCGUGUGGUUGUGGAGAAAAGGGGGAGGCAGGAGAUGGAAGGCGGCGUAGCGGCGUAGUAUCGUUAUUUUUUAUUUUUUAUUUUUAUUUUUUAUUUUUAUUUUUAUUUAUUUUUAUUUUAUUUUUCCUUUUCCUUUCUCUUUUUGUUUCCUCUCCACCCCUCUACUUCUCUCCUUCUCUUCCUUUCCGAAUCGCAUCAAAAGGCAAUAUGGGGAAAAGCGGGCGUAGAUUCAUGUAUUUCAAGAAUUUUCUCCUUUCUCUUUUUUCUCUUUUUUUGUUUUUCACAUAUUUCUUAUCUCGUAUAU